AUGGCUUCAUCCCAGUCGGACAAGCUGUCGUAUCAGCUUCUACACUUCAACAUUGACCGCUACCUCAAUCCAUGGAUCCCUCGUAAUCGUCUCAAUAAUCUACCAAAACCCAUCUCCAAAUUUCUCGGCUAUCGUUCAGAAAAGACGGAAGAAAUUCCUCCGGCACUACAAUGGCCAUUCAUGUUCCUCGCCACGGUCGCUGGCCUCUGCCUCGUUGCUGGAAUCAAUAACUACGCUGCCGGGUUUGGUCCACGGAUGGGUGUCUGGUCGGGUCCUACAAUCAUCGCAAGUUUCGGUGCCAGCGCCGUCCUUGAUUUCAAUGCCAUCCGCACACCCUUCUCGCAGCCUCGGAAUUCCAUCGUUGGCAACACCCUCUCCGCUCUGAUCGGAGUUUGCAUCGCGAAGCUGUUCAUGCUGAACCCAGCCUUUGAGGAGAUCAAUUGGGUCGCAGGGGCUGUAGCCUGUGCCUGUGCAUCGCUCCUCAUGAGCAUCACCAACACCGUGCACCCACCAGGUGGCGCCACGGCAGUGCUGGCGGCGACCAACGUCGACGUCAUCCGGAUGGGUUGGCGCUUCAUUCCCGUAGUCUUGUUGGGUAGUUCUCUGCUGGUCACUGUCGCGCUGAUCUUCAACAACAUCCUCCGCCAAUACCCCGUCUUCUGGUGGACACCAGAGAAGUGUGGCGCUCCGCUCAGGAGAGAGCAACGUGAAGAAAAGGAGCAGCAGCAACAAGACAAGGCCGCCGAGGAGGGUAAUGCCCAACCUCGACGCUCAAACUCUACUGCAAGCAGUGACCGAACCCUUCAUACUGAUCUCCAGCGGAACAAAACCAACGAGACUGUACCGUCGCCCAACGACAUCCGCAUUCACGCCCACGGCAUCCAAGUCCCAUCUCACCUCCAACUAUCGGAGGAAGAGACCGCUCUGCUGGAGCGUCUACGGCAACGGCUACCUGGCGCGCACAUUUCGCAGUGA